UUUAAACCUACAAACAAAACCCCAAAUUAGAAAAGAGGGUAAAAAAUUAAAAGUGCGGCGGUGAAGAGUGUCCAUGGACGACGUUGAUCGGUUGUUCGAGUGCUUCAAGUGCGGCAUCUCACCUCCACCAUCUGCUUUGAGAGAGAGAAAGAGAAUCAAGAGGCAAUCGAUUCAGAGGAGUAAAGCCCAGGAAGUCGAUUCUCCGCGAUCGCCGGAGCAGAUAAAGAAAAUCGCAUCAGAUUUACAGCUUUCUGCAGAAAAACUUGUUCAGGGUGGUUCUACAACAGUCAAAGCAAAAAGCUUUAAUCGUAGGAAGCAGUUAUCUCCAGUUGUAUUUUACGGGUCUCCACGUGGUGUACCUCCAAAGCAACCAAGAAGGUUGUUGCUGCGAGUGUUACGUGAGAUACGUGUUGAUCUCACUGCACAGAAACGAUUGAGCUCAAGUCUGUUUAGGAAGGAAGUAUGGGCUACAUUUCCAAGGCAGGAGGAAGCAAUGCAGUUUGCCAAACGGCACGAGAAUGUUCACGUUUUUAGUUAUCAAGAUCACUUUAGUGGACAAAGAAGGUUCCUUGUUUCAAGUUAUGAUGAGUUUUGGAGAAGGUACAAAAUUAUGGAGUCCAAGUUUCGUCACCAUUACGAAGUCAUUCAGGAGGGUUUACCAUGCCACCUUUAUUUUGACCUGGAGUUCAAUAAGAAAGACAAUGGAAACAGAAAUGGAGAUGAAAUGGUUGAUCUUUUAAUAUCAGUUGUUUUUGAAGCCUUGCUUGAAAAGUAUUCUAUUCAGGGGAACAUGGAAUGGAUAUUGGAACUUGAUUCCUCUACUGAAGCAAAGUUCUCUCGACAUUUAAUUAUUCGCAUUCAGAAGACUGCUUUUAAGGACAACUCACAUGUAGGUGCAUUUGUCACCGAGAUAUGCUCACGGAUAUCAAGUGCAAAAGGGAGGGAUGGAAGAUUUGAGAAUUUGUUUAUUAGAAAAGAUUCAAGCUCUGCAGACUUUAGUCACCUAUUUGUGGACACUGCUGUGUAUACCAGGAAUCGUUGUUUUCGUUUAGCUCUGUCAUCAAAGGCAGGGAAGAAUUCAGUGCUUCUACCUACUGGGCGCUUCAAAGCUAAGGACAUGAUGCAGUCUGAAGUGGAGAUGUUCAUGGCGUCUUUGAUCUGCAAUUUGGAAGUUGAUUGUGAGAAGCUUCUAGUCUGCAAAUCUGAUCUUGAUUGUAUAAAGACCCUGCAUUUUGAUACAGAGGUCAACCCUAGUUUUGGAAAAUCUUACAGUUGGCCCCAAGAAUUUGCAUUGAAUGGUUGCACCAGUGAUGCUUCAGCAACAUACUUCCUGGGGAAAUCUCCAUUUCCAGCUUUGGAUGCAUUUGUAGAAUUUGUUGCUACAAUUGGAAAUGUCUCAGGUAAAAUUCGCAGCUGGUAUUGGUUCUCAGAGUUUGGACUCAUGGUCUACAGCAUGUCAAGAAACAGAUACUGUGAGCGAAUUGGCAGACAGCACAAAAGCAAUCAUGUGAUAUACAUUGCUGACCUCAGAAAGGGUGUUUAUUAUCAGAAAUGUCAUGAUCCCGACUGCAGAGGCUACCGUUCUCCAUCACGUCCGAUUCCAUGGAAUAUUGUCCCUGACAUGGUGUAUGAAUGUCAAAAAGAUCAUGAACGUGUUCUUUUUGAUGAUGAGAACACGGCAAGCAGCGGCGUUACAGAUUCAUGGUGGCUUGAAGCUAUAAGAGUUGCAGAUGAAGUUGAAAAUAAGCAGAAUUCAUUAGAGCUCAGCAAUCCGGAAUACAUGGAUCCAAAAGAUGACGACUGAUGGACUGCUGCUGCUUCCCAAGUUGCACUAACGCACUAAUAACUGAUUCAAAAUCCACGCCCUUUGUCUCGAUAAUGAUGCCCCUGUAGUUAAUCAUUCAACUAACAAGGAUUCUUGGUUUAUUAUAUAUACACGGGUGUUGGUAACUCAUACAAUGUAUACUUUAUACGGUGAUACCAUUGUUUUGAAAAGGGCUGGUGAUUGGUACAUUUAGCUAAUCAUCUUCUU